UUUAAAAACUUUGACUGCAAAAGUCAAAAUGAGAAAUUAAUUUUAGGACAGAGGGAGUACUUUUUAAAAAUUGUUAGAAUCCCCUUGAACUUUAAAAAUUGCGUCAAUGCCUCUAAGCUUUUAAAAGUAUUCGACCAAUGGUCCCUAUAUGCCAGCUUUGAGAGUGCGCUAAUCAUAUGUUCAUCCAGUACAAGUAUGGAUUCAUCUAAAGUCAUAUUUCACAUGCCAGACAUCAGUUGAUAAAGCUCGUCAUCAAUCGAUCAACAUCUUCAUCAGUACCAGACUCAAUCCAAUUAACAUCGCUCUCUAUUACGGACCAUUUGUUUAUGCGUGACAUAUUGCGCUCAAAGCAUGCCAUUUACUCGAGUCGGCUCUCGCCCACCCGAUGAAUAUCUUGAACCAAGAGGUAUUAGGCCCAUUGGGAAUGGCUCAGAAUCCUAAGAUCGUGUGCCGAACAUGGAGGUUUUCGAGGGCCUCGGCCCAGGCCUUGCCAGUGCAUGGGACCGAGGUCGAAUCCCCGGUUCAGAAGCAGUCACAUGACCAACUGAUCUCUCUCAAGUACGUGGUCAGUCUCGUUUGGGCUUCUUGGUUUGAAAAGACCAAGAUGAUGGUUCACUCGUUUGGCACAUAUCAAACGUUCGUUGCUCGGGUCUAAUUGUUAAGAAGGCCGACAAAACAACUUGUAUGGUAAGCUUGAAUUCAAACCAUUGCUACAAGCGUGUGCUUAAACAACCAAACAUGCCGUUUGUGAAGAAAUGUGGGUGUAUUAG